UCAUCAGAAUCGGCAGAAUUUGUCGAAGUUACUCAACUCCAAUACUUCAUAGACCAUGAGUUUCUUAAAAAGUUUAUCGUUUACUUUAUUUAGCUGAUUUGAAGAGGUGUCCGGUCCGUUUAAAAAUGUGAAAAUGAAAAUACACCGCCCUACAUUCAUCAUGCUGGCGACUGUUCCAGCACCUCCAUCUCAGAAAACCAGUUUUGCCAUGUAUUUCAUCCUCUGAACUCAUCCGAUCCUUCCAUUUGAAACCAUAAAUCGUCUCAAUGACUGCCAAAACUAUGUUCGUCACUCAAGAAGGGCCAGCCAAUGCCCUAGCCUUGAAUAAAGACAACUCGCAGGUUGUCAUCGCUGGCAGGAACGUUUUCAAGGUUUUUUCGAUCGAAGAAAAUGAAUUCGUUGAAAGCUGUAACUUAAGAGUGGGGAAAAAUCUGAACCUGAAUUUUUCAUGCAAUGAUGUAGCGUGGAAUACCCUUGAAGAUAACAUUCUGGCCACUGCAGCCACCAAUGGCGCUGUUGUCGUGUGGAAUUUAAACCGACCCUCGCGCUCCAAACAAGAUCAUGUAUUCUCUGAUCACAAGAGGACGGUGAACAAAGUCAACUUCCAUGCAAUUGAACCAUCAUGGCUCAUCUCUGGUUCUCAAGAUGGAACCAUGAAAUGUUUUGAUUUGCGAGUCAAAGAAGCCAUUCGCACCUUUUACAGUAAUACAGAAAGUGUUCGAGAUGUGCAGUUCUGUCCUCACUCAACCCCAAUCUUUGCUGCAGUCUCAGAGAAUGGCAGUGUCCAGCAGUGGGAUCUGCGUAAACCUGAACGCCAUGUUUUCCAAUUUUCUGCUCACAGUGGCCCUGUGUUUGCCUGUGACUGGCAUCCGGAGCAUUCAUGGCUUGCGACAGCCAGCCGAGAUAAAACUAUAAAGGUUUGGGACUUGAGUACUGCCAAACCAUCUUUAGAGCACAUCAUCAACACCAUUGCAUCAGUAGGUCGAAUAAAAUGGAGGCCGCAGAGGAAAUAUCAUAUUGCAUCCUGCGCUCUUGUUGUUGAUUGCAGCAUCAAUGUCUGGGACAUUCGGCGUCCCUAUGUCCCCUUCGCUUCUUUUGACCAACAUAAAGACGUAGCAACUGGCAUUGCAUGGCGAGGCGAUCCACAAAUUUUCCUCUCCACUAGCAGAGAUUGCACUUUGUACCAUCACAACUUUAAAGAUGCCACUAGACCAGCCGAUAAAGCAAACCCUCAAGGUAUUUCAUUCAACACCCAAGGAGAUAUUGUGUACUCUUGGCGCGUGAACACCAAUACAAAUAAGUCCUCUAAAUUACCAGGACUUCUCAGGCGGAAUGCAGCAACUAGUGAUGACUUUGUCAAUGCCAAUAGCAGCUUAAGUUACUUCAAAAAGAGUAAUUUAGGCUUGAAAGGAGAUAAUGCUUUCCUGCUGUGUGCUCAAAGGUAUUUGUUAACAGGACGACCCCUGGCAGAUUUAUGUGAUCAUAAUGCAGCGGUUGCCAAGGAUCUAGGAAAAACUAAUGUGAGCAUAGUUUGGAGUAUAAUUAAAACUCUUUACACAACCAAAGUAGGCGAUUUUGGACAGCAGACUCCUUCUCGAGAAGAUGCUCAGAGUGCAACCAUGUCGACCGGCCACAUUGAUCGUGAUAAGAAGGAUGAAGCUGGUGACAUUGAAAAGAAAGUCAACAAAACACCCAACAAUGAAAAAGAUGACUACGAAAACGAGGAAGACGAAAAGCUCAAGUUAGCAGAAGACCCUGCUGUGUCGUUUGGUGACUUCUUCUUCGGCGACUCUGAGAUGGAUCCACUUAGCAUCGACUUUGAACGCGUAGGUAACAUUGGUUUAACCGGUGGACUCGUAACUACAACAGAUAGAAUUGAUAUUCAACAGCCGGAUUGGACGUUACCGACCGAGGCUUUCGCUCUUCGACAUGAGCUUCAAGACCGCUCACCUCCGCCAGAGCAGUUUCCUAAUUCAGACUCCCCGGAUCUUAAUGAUGAAGCCACCGCUUUGGGAGUGGAAGAUCAACCCUCUUCUCUUCUUUGUGUAUCCUGGUGUCUAAGGCUACCUCACUGGGACCCAAGUAAUGUUGUUGUUGCUGCCUUGAAGCAUCAUGCCAGUCAAGGCGAUAUCCAAACGUCAGCAUCUGUUUUACUCGCCCUAGGAGAGAAGAGACGAAGUUUGAUCAAUAAUGCGGAACUGGAUGAAUCAACUCAAGAACAAUGGUUGUUAGCAUACAUCGACAUGUUGACACGAUUUAAGCUGUGGGAUGUUGCAACACAGGUGAUCCAGUUAUCAUGGAUUAUGAGCGUGUGUCAACUGAACCAGCAAUCGACAACAGUCCACACUAGCUGCGGUCAGUGCGACAAACCCUUGAUCCGCAGUGGCUGGUUGUGCGAUCGGUGUCACACCGCAAACAGUGCUAUCUGCGCUUUGUGCCACAGAGUUGUAAAGGGUUUGUAUGCAUGGUGCCAAGGAUGCUCGCAUGGUGGGCACAUGGAGCACAUACAAAAGUGGCUCGAAACAAACAAAGUUUGUCCGACUGGUUGUGGUCAUUUAUGUGAGUACACUUGAAGGACCAAACUGACGGUAGAUUGUUUUUGUCAGUUUGAGUAUUUACUCUGUCAACAGUCUUAUUCCCGGAAGUCACCUCCGGCACUUUUUCCUUCCACACAAAAUGUUGAGAAGUUCACAGGAGAGUAAUGAUAGAAUUUUCAUUUUUCUCAUUCUUGAACAUUACCGUCAGUAUUUUGCAAAGUGCCGUUUAAGUAGGAAGUUGAGCACUUACAAAAUCAGGAUGUAAUCUUGAAAUGGAAGAAAAGUCCACAUGAACAAUUCAUCAGUAGACUGCAAAAUUAUACAUUCAAAUGAUUUUGGAAAGCAGGUGCAAAAGAUUCUGUCAAUGUUUUGAGUGGUCUUUUUUUCUAAGCUCAUUACGGCAGUUUUACUCCAACACAAAAUGUAAUGGGAAGGAGUACUUCGCUCUUACAUCUUGAUUUUCCUCUCGUUUCUGUUUUCUUAGUUGUUCCAAAGAAAAAGUAGCAUGCCUUUUGUCCCUUUUUGCCUAAGAACGGACAGCAUAUGGAUUUUAAGCAUAAAGAAAUGCGGAAAAUGAAUUUAAGGAAGUAUCUGAGGAUAAACAUCAUUUGCAAGAAAGACUUAUUCCAAAAUGGAUAUUCAUUCUUCUUGCCUGAUUACGAGUAUAUCGCUUGAUCUGCCAUUUAAACCUAUAGAAAAGGAUCGAUGAAUAGGGUGUUCGCAAUGAACACCUUAAUGAUCGAUUCUUUACCAUAGCUUCAAUUUGGAAAAUUUAGAAAUUCGAUCAUUCACGCCUCGCCACUGGCAAUGUUGCCAGGCUGUGGCUGAUGUAGUCAGGUGAUUCCGAGUAAAUCUGUCGCUUUAAUUUUUUACCAAAGUUGAAUCCCCGUUCCUGUGCUUAACUUGUUAAAAAUCUUCAGUUACUAAAACUUUCAUAGUUUUACUGUUGAGAUGAGACAAGUUAGUUUGACUAAGAGUCAAAGUAUAAAAUAUUAAUUAUUCACGUCCCCAUACCCAAUUGCAUGAAGAUUGUGACGGGUUUUUCUUUUGAGGAAGAUAAAUCGCACCCUGUAAAAUCGUCCUUUCCCUUUUUACUGCACAGUCACUGUGUUUGAUCCAUUGAAGGAGGAGGCAAUACUGGGAAUUCAAAUUGGACUAUAGAUUUUGCUGUAACGAACUAUUAUAUCCUGCUGACCUAUGGAAGCUCCUAUCUGCCUAGAGAAACUACCGGUACAUACGUUGCUUUCAAACUGAACCAGAAAUAGUAGUUCCCUAUAGCAAAAUAUAGUCCUAAUCCUUCCUCGAAGCAAUGCAGGUAUGUCCUGCAACUUUAAAAGCUGAGUUUUGUUUAGGUUCCAAGGGAUUCAUGCUCAGUGAAUUGGACAACAUUUCGCAGUAAGGAAAAUACCUAUUCCUGGCCCAUCCUUAGAAGCACCUAUUCCCAUUGGAAACUAUAAGGAUAAAUCGAUGUCCUAAGUACAAAACCACAUAUCUCUGUUUGUAAUGUUGCAGACUUCCAAUCACACUUUAUUUUUUCACAGGAAAGCUAAUUAACCUGGGUUCUUGAGAACCUCCUUGAUUUUUCCUCAGUGCUAGCAGAAUAUUCUGUUUAAAUUUCAAACCACAGAGAAAGUUGGCUUGUUUCUCUUCGAUAAAAUAAAAUAAAAUAGAAGCAGAAAUUUUGAAACAUCGCAAUAGAGUUACAUGGUUUUGCACUUUGGCUGUCGAUACGCUUUUUCUAGCAGGAGUCAGGAAUUUUAGGUUUUAUUUGCAAAUGCAGUCCAAUUGAGAUGCUCCCUAAAAUCAUCUGUGAUAAAACUAACUAGUUAGGUGUUUAUAGAUUCAUGUAUCUUAGUGAAAUUCUUUUUGUAAGUUUUUAUGCUGUUUGUAGAUUUCUUGUUUCUGGCCGAUUCCUUUUCUUUGUGUGUGUAAGCAAUAAAUAGAUAAUUUUUUUUUCAGUUUAAA